AUGUCCGACUAUUCACCCCCGCCAUCGCCGAACGCAUUUGACGAACUUGAAGACGUGCUGUAUGACGCAGACCCAUCGCCAGACCUAGCAGACGAGCUCGCGUCUCACGCUCUACACUCACCUUUACUCGAUUUUGAGCCAGGGUACGAAUUGCAGGAGUACCAUUCAGAUUGGGAGUACUAUUCAGACGACUACUACGAUGAUGACCCCUCCAUACUUAAGACGAAUCCAAUCGAUGGCAGCCCUACCAAGUCAAGAAGUCGUUCAAAUGGGACUCGCGGUCGGAAACGAAAGCUCGCAGAACGUGAUAGCGAAGUUCCCACACUUGACGAUCGCGGCUUCCUCCAAGAUUGCAUGAAGGGCACUGUGUGGGCGAAACCUGUACCUGAGCGAAACAAUCUUUAUCACGUUGGCCAAGGAGAGAAGGUCGCCCUCCUGAAGGACUGGAAAGCGAAAUUUGGUACCGCUUCCCCCCGCAAGGGGCAGGGUGAUCGAAGAAAAAAGCCUCAGCUAUCGAAAGACGAGUCAUGGGCAAAUAAUUUGAGUUUGGCUGACAUGGGUCUAAUGAACGCGCGUGGUAGCAUGGCUCAAGCAGGCGGCGAAGGUGAAGCCGAUGAUGAGGAUGGUUUGGAGGGCGAAGAUGGGGAGGACUAUCCAAGUGAGGAGGACGAACAGGACGAAGAGCAGCUUGAAGAAACUGGCACUGGUGACGAGAUGAACAUCGGGUCUCACGUCGCGGAGCCUACGUUGUCGAAUAUUCCAGACGCCACCAGUCCUCCUGCAGCCCGCUCUCAUCAAUCAUCCGAUAUGGCGGCCAGCAGCUCUGACGGCCAACCUAACAAGCGCCGCAGGAAGGAUACUACUGCUCCCACAUCCCUGAUACCCUCGCCGCCCGCUACCAACGGGUCAUCGGCACCAGACGCCGGUCGUCGGACACGCGGCCGUGCCAACUCCAGCUCCACCACAGCCUCCACGGCAGCUUCCAAGCCCGUGCAGGGAGAUGCGGACACAACUCAAGCGCCAACCAAACGCACGGCUCGAAAGCGCAAGGCUUCUGUAUCAGAAGACGACGUGACACCGGAGCUCGAGUCCGCCAAAGGCCGAGCAGCUUCAAGAGCAACCGCUCCGACCGCCAGCAGUCGCGCCAAGCGGGUCGCGAGCAUGGCGAACAAUGUGGUGUCGGACAGAUCCAGUGCGGUGCAAGGCCGCGGCACAGCCCGAACGACUAGGAGUCGGAAGAAGUAG